AUGCUCUCCAUAUACCCCGUCGAUAUCCGUUUCUUCCCCGCUCCCCCGAAUCUCCCCUUGACGUCCGUAGCCGGAGGACCCAAACUCGGCCUCGACCGUAUCGUCCAGAUCGCCAGUAACGACAUCGCCGCCCGCGUCCAGCACAUUGUCCCUGGCCCAACUCUUUCGUCUCCAACAACUCCCACCAUCGUCACAACAACCUCUACUAUUUCCACCACCACCACCACCACCACCACCACCACCACCACCACCACCUCGGCUCUCAAGCCCCUCACCACCCGACGCCCCCGCCUCGGCCACUCCCCCUUCCUAACCCGCCGACAGGAAGAAGACCCCGACGACGACCGCCUCGACGAAGACGGCUUCCCCAAUUUCGGCGAUGACCUCGCCGAGGAGUGCAUCAGCAAAGAAGUCAACGUCUUCGAGCAGCCGAUCCAGACCGUGCAUCUGCAGGACGUCCGCCCCUUUGCUUUGGGCGAAGUGAACGACAUCCCCGGCGUGUUCGCGGCGUGCGCGAGGCCUUGCAUGAAGAGGGCCGUGGAGCUGAACACCGACUGCGAAGACCCGCUAGAUCUGGAGUGCACGUGCAGACCGGAGGUGAGGGCGGUGAUUGAGGCUGCGAGCGAUGAGUGCUGCUGGCAGAGGCUUGUGGGGGUGGGGUGCCGGAGAUUAUGUAACGGUAUGUGA